UAUGAAAAAUUGUAUCCGGCCUAAAAUUAUGGUGAUAAAACCAAAUUUGAGCUUUAAAAAGUCGUAUAAUUAGGUUAGGAGAAAUUUUCAAAACGAGGCCGUAGGCCAUCUUGAAAAUGCCUCAAAUACAAAAUUCCCGGAAACUGACAAAAUCAUUGCGGACGUAAAAUCACAAAAAAUGCCAUGAUGGCCGGCGGUGACGUCCUACACGGUUGGCAAAUUGUAUGUUUUUCUUUGAUAUCUUUGCUUGGUUUGACGGGAAAUUCAAUUGUAUGUUUUGUUAUGUUUAUGAGCGGUCCAAACCUUCGUUUCGUGCCGUUCAACGCUUACAUAACAUCGCUUGCUGCAACAGAUCUCUUGCUGUCUGUGAUCGGAAUUCCGAUUUACGUCAUUUCAAAAUCUGCCUUUCGCCAUCCAGAAGGAGUUGCUGGAGACAUUUUGUGUAAGCUCAUAACAGGGAAUCUUAUUCCGUUCUGGCUAGCUGGUACAUCAGUAUAUUUUCUUGUCUUGCUUAGUUUUGAACGUUACUACGCCAUCAAGGACCCAUUUUUGGCACGAACUAGAACAACAUCAAGAAAGACAAAAAUGGCGAUAAUUGGGGCUUUUUUAUGCGGUCUUCUUGUGCAAGUACCAGUAAUUGCUGGAGUAGAAUUCACGAGAAGUAAUGCAACUAUCAGCAAUUACUGUACAUAUGCAUGGAAAAACAAGACUGGUGUUUUCUUCAUAUAUCUUGUUACCUUAGCUUGUCAGUAUGUCAUACCAGCAAUUUUAUUUGUCAUAAACUUCGCGCGUAUUCGAAAAAGCCUUACAAAUUUGGAUGGUGUCUUGAGGAGACAGUCGUUACGGAAGGACCGCAACAGAGGGGUUGUGAAGAAAAAACGACGGACAAUAAAAACAAUUUUUAUUCUAGUUAUUGCAUUUUUUGUUUGCUGGACCCCGAACACAGUGAUGUUCUUUUUAUUCCAAUAUGCUGGCGUUUCUUCCAUCAAAGCAAACUCAGACACUUUUGAAGUAAGUGUUGUGCUGGCAUUUUCAAGUGCCUGGGUAAACCCAGUUUUGUAUUCCUUUCAGAGCCAAGAAUUUCGAUCACACUGCAAAACAUCAUUUGAAAAAAUUAGAAGAACUCUUGCAUCUUAUCACUUGUGGUAAAUAUUUCAAAGUUCAUACUUCUUAAAUAUAAGUUUGACAUUGCUUGAUAAGAUAACAAAUUCUUCAUCGGAUGUUGAUAAAUUAUUUACAAGUAAAUUGCAUUUUAAGUCUCUGUUUUGUGCUUGCCAUUUAUUGAGCUUUAAUUCAUAACUUUUCGUAUCAAGUGUCAAUUUAGGUGAAAUUAAUUUGCACAUUCCUUUGUCCUUUUUAUUUUUUAUAAAAAAUCUGACCAGCCAUAGAAAUCAAGUGAAAGAUGGUUACAACAAUAACACAGUCCCUAUAUGUCCUUGAAACUUUUGCUAUUUUAAGCUGAAGGCAGGAUUGUGACUGCAUCCAUGGAAACUUACAUGUUGCAUCCAGUUCUUGGAUUAACUACAUAACAGGAUGAAAAUUUCCUUGGCAUUUUUCGAGGUUUUCACACAAAACAAAGGAGGCUGGGUCUUUUACUAGUCUUUACAGAAAACCAAUAGUUUAUGAACGAUUUAUUCUUAGGAAUUUCUUGAAUCCAAAAAAGAGGAAAAUGGGCCUGAUGGAAACCUUUCCCACAGAGCACUCAUGGUUUGCUCCAAAACUAAAAUUAGACAAAUCAGAGAAUUUUUUCUGCAUUAUGAUGUAAUUUUAUCACCCAGAAGAUGUUAUUUUGACAUGUUCAAGGGAAAAAGUUGCUAGCUUAUCAGCAGGGGAAAAGUUUGGUCCAUAAAAUGCCUUGUAUAUCUGAUAAUGUCCUUGGUUGACAACCUUUCAACAAAACUUCAAAAUCAAACUAAAAUGAUCAUAACUAAUAGCUUUUCUGCUGUGAAGCUUCGAAGAUUUCCAAAGAAGUCUCAUUCGGUCAGUUGUAAAAAGGUUAUGCUCCCGAACAUUCAAACAUACUUUCUACAAAUGAAUAGAGUAGUUGUUCAUGAAUUUUUGUGCAGAUGUGAAACUUGGUAUGUAGGAUGCACUUGUCAAUUAUUAGAUUAAUUGCCAAAAAAAUAUGAUGCAAAAAAUUGGUUUUGAUUUAAUCGCAGUUAUUUCCAGAUUCUAUCUGGCAAAAAGUUCUUGGUGGCAUCCAGUCAUGCUUAGUAUACAUUCACUGAUGUAUUUGAACCAUCAAGGAAAACAUUUCUCUUGAUUAUUGUGAAAGUCUAUCUGUGUAAAAUUAAAAUUUAGAGAUCUUUCUAGCGUUUGAAAAUUUUGAUUUCAAAAAAAUACAGUGGGAUUAAUUUUUGAUUGCCCAGCUUUAUUUGUAAAAAAAAGAGAUUUUACUGCCAGGAGUCAUCAUUGCUUCUAGUCCUCAUUCUUUCAUUAGGGCCUUUGUUACAUUGUACAUUCAGUGACUAAAAAACCUCCAUUUUACACAUACAAUGCCAAACUUUGAUUUCAUGUAGUUUUAUGUAGUUAAAUCUUCAGUAUUUAUCUCUAUCUGGCAAUCAAUAUCAGCCAAUCAAUGAGCAUGUGAGAGGAAUCACACUCACGGAUUGGUCAAUUUCAUAAUGAAAGAUGUCUUACUGUAAAAGCUCUGGUUAGCCCCCUCUCUUUUAAGCCACCUCUCUAUCAACCCCCCCCCCUCCUAUAUAGGGUCUCUUGACAGAUUUGAGGGUGACAGGAUCAUUCAAUACAGCCCAUGUAAAGAUUUCCUUGAAGAUACUGAUUUUUAUCCUUUCCAAAGAGUCCCAGAGGACGAAAUUUGUUCUUAUGAAGAAAAGAACAUUUUAUUUUUUUACUUUUACCAAACUUUGGAAGCUGCUUGCAAAGUAUUUUGAGAACAUUUAUUAGCCUAGCCCCCUUCUCUAAUAAGCCCCCUCUUGGACAGAAAAAAAUUAAAACCCCCAGGGCAUAAUAGAGCUUUUACAGUAAGCCCCUUUAGUAUCAGUUCCUAAACCAAGAAUCACAAACUUGGAACUAAACGUUCAGGAAUUCAUGGUCAGGCCAUACUGUCAUAUGUUCCAGUUUCCUUACUUUGUUUUCUUAGUUGGAAUGGCAAUUGCCUACCUAUAGCUUAACCAAAGAGGAGAUUUAUAAAAUUGUGAAGAUUUGUUUACAAAAAGGGUUGUUGAAAAGGCACGGACAAUGGAUAUUGAGUCUCUUGGCCAGGCUGUUGUGAUUUGAUCCUGGAUGUGAUGUUACCAGGACACAUCCCAAAAAUGUUUUGAAGAGUCUGUUGCAGCAUCCUCCCCUUUUUAUAUUAUGAUCAGUUUUGCCUUUUGCUGGCAGGAAGAAAUGCUGCAACUCUCCUUCUGUCAUUACUGUCAAGAGAAUGACAACUGAUCACAUGGGGGUAUCAUGUGACAGUUUAGUGGAGAUAACAUUGGUAGAUAUUUAUAAAUUGCCCAGGACCCUGACUCAAACAAACUUAUAUCUCUGCUGUUUGCCUUUAAGAUUUGUUUUCCUGAACAGGAAAUAAAGCUACUAUUGGGCUAAUUCUACCACUGACCUGUCUAUUUUAUGUAAGGCACACAGAACAAAAUAUUGAUGACAAUAGGUUGUUGAAGAAAAUGAAGAAAGGGUGAAACAUUAAACAUUUUGUGUUGUUUGUUUAGUGUGACAGAAUAUUGUUGGGGGCCUUUAUAUUGGCCAAGAUAGAGUGGGGAGCAACUUGAACAACAGAGCUCUGAAUGAUUGACACAGCAGAACUGUGACAGCUUCAAAUGCACAUAUCCUUCAGGUUUUGGAAGUACUGUUACUGGGCUCUGAACUACUAAUUGCUGUGGAAUGAACUAUCACUGGGACAUGAAACAAGACCCCAACUCCGGAAGAAAAAAAACACAUACAGAGACAUCAAUUUUGCACCAUGGUGUACCUCUAUUUUUGAUCUAUCAUAAUCAGAUUACAGAAAGCACAGAUAUCACUGUAGUACAAUUUGUGUGAUGAAAUACAGAAUAAUGGAUAUUUAUUGGGUGAUGGAAAAUUUUGUAAAUUAUCUUAGAUUAUGAUACAGAUGAUGGAUCAACAAAAAACCUUGUUUUCAAAACAAAAAACUAAACACAACAUUACUACAAAUUUCAAGACAGACAAAUAACAUGCACAUGAGUCGAGAAUGUCUUUAUCAUUCUGAAUCACAACCUUUUCUUGAUUAAAAAGUUUGCUCGCAUUUUUGAAAUCAUGGAAUUCAGAAUGCCAAUUUUUGCUACCAUUGAAAAUAAAUUUAUGUGUUUUCUUUACAACAACCCUUAUUUUCAAAAGACAACUCUCAAAAACCAAAUAUUUCUGUCUAAUAGCAGAUCUCAAUGUGCCAAGUAACAGCAAAAACUCUAAAAUCUUCCCCAAAAAAGAUGAAAACUAUUUAUAUCAGCACUGCUU